AUGCGCGGUAGGAGGAGGCGGAUGAGGAACGGUCGGAGGGUGGAUGGGGGUCUGGGCCAAGAAGCUGAAAGUCCGGGGGGCGUCAUUAGUGACGAAAACGCAGGGAAUACCCGAGGAAUCACAGACCCCAGUCCGAGUGCUCUUGACGGGACUUUCCCCCCGUCCACCCAGGACCCCUCUUUCGACCCAGGGGAAGCAGAAAAGACAGCAAGCUUGCAAGCCCUACGACCCCGAGCCGGUGGAGUCUCCGGUGGAAGGCCCCAACCCCAACCAGACUCCACGGCCAUCGCAGAGCUGUCCGAGGUCACGCCCUCGUUCCUGCCGCUUGCCUGUUUCGGACUUCCCGGCGCGCCCAGAAAAUCAGGACAGCACACAAGCAGAUCUGUCCUGUUCAGCGGGGCUAGGGCCGACCGAACGUCAGCCGAGCAGCAACAGGCCUGGUAUGUGGCAUCGGAUGGGAGGGAUCCAGCCCGUCUAAACCGGGGAAGGGGCAUCCUGGAUGGCUCCUCAUACUAUGCAAUAUUAUACCUGGCAAGAGUGACGUUAUUCGUCAGGCUAUACUGGCCCCCCUGGUCAAGAAGGAAGGUGGAGGAAACCUAG